AUGGGCCCUAGAGUGAUUAUCGAGAGGGUAAAGACUUUUUUCGAAGAAAUAAAACGGAGGCUCGGCAGAGAAUGCCGCGGCACGAUCUUCGACUUGCCGGGGAAGCUCGCUGCGUUAGCUUGCGGAGUAUCAGAGGCGACGGUCUACCGAGUAGCGAAGACGCAGGCCGGAAUGGUGCACCGCCCGAUUCCUCGCACGAAACACGUGGAUCGGAAUCCCCGCCAGCGAAAGAGAGAUGCCGUACAGAAAUAUGGCGACCAAUGGGGCAGCGUGGUGCGUCAUUUCAUCCACGACAAACUGCGCGCGGAGAGGAAUAUUACGGUAGAGGACGCAUGGAAGGAGCUGAGCGAGAUUCAUGAGGGAUUCCGGAUGUCUCAGACGGAAUUUUUUUAUUUGCUGAAGGGCUUGCAUUUUAGCUAUAGGCAGAAUGACAGGCAAGCCUUCAUUUUCGAGUGCCCCAGCAUAGUCAGAAAGAGGACGGCCUAUUUGGAUGCCAUCGAGCGAGCUCGGUCGGAGAAUCACUGUCUCGUCUUCAUGGACGAGACUUGGGUUUUCGACUGCAUGUCGAGCAAGAGAGGAUGGAAUGACACCUCCAUCCCACGAUUUGCCCCUGCCGCUACCAUGCAGGAGUUCUCAUGCGGAGGAAGAACGAUGGCGAAGAACAAGGGCAGAAGGGCAAUCGUGAUCAGUGAUCACCUCACCGAUGAGUGUGUCGUUCCGGGCUCCACGAAGGUAAUCGUUAGCGGCCGGAGAUCAGUUGACGAUGAUUACCAUCGCGACAUGAACGCCGAAAUUUUUGAGGAAUGGCUUCGUGAGACCGUUCCUCAUAUGGUGAGUGUCGCGAAUGGGCGUUGUGUGUCCUUGGUGAUGGACAACGCAUCUUACCACAGUCGUCAACUGCAGAAGAUUCCCACCAAAUCUUCAACGAAGGCCGUGAUUGUAGAUUACCUUCGGUCGAAUGGAAUGACAGUGGCCCACAAUAUUAGGAAAGAAGACCUGGUGAAAGAGCUCGAUGACUUCAUCACGAGCAGAGGUGGGCUGUCUGCUUUGCGCAGAUACGCAACAGAAAGUAUCUGCGCAGAGCAUGGAGUUGCAGUGAUAAGGUUACCGCCUUAUCACUGUUUCUUCAACCCUAUAGAGUUGUGCUGGAGCCAGCUCAAGGGCCACUUAUGUAAGCUCGGAAGACCUGGCGACACGCUCGAAACGGUGAGAACACGGGCACUGGAAUGGAUGGCUGGUGUCCCGUUGGAGUUUUGCGCCGGCUGGUCAUCCCACACGAUGAAGGAAGAGAUUGCUGCAAGGAAUAAACUUGUAGCAGACCUUCAUGAAGUAGAUGAAGACGAAGAUGAAUCCUCAGACGGCGAGUUGGAAGAUGAAGACCCACGGGACGAACGCGGAGGCGAGCUAGAAGCUGGGGUAGGUCGUAAGGGUUUCAAUCUAAUUCGCUAUCAGCAUGAUGAUGCGCUUCGCUAA